GCUUUAAUAGCAUAGAAGAGUUGGCGAAAGAGGAUAAAAACGCAGACAGAAAAGAAAAGAAUGAGAAAAACACGUGACCCCAAAUUCCUCAAACUCAAAUUAAGCAUAGCAUAUUCACAGUAACACUCUUCCCCUCUCUCAAUUUCAUUGUUAUGAUCGAGAUCGAAAUCGAAAUGACGAAAGGAAACCCUCAAACGACAUCGUUUCGCCGUGAACUCAAACCAGAACAAUAUUUACACAGUCCAGUUCAUUACGCCGUCGCAAUCGGAAACCAUUCAACACUUUCUAGAAUCAUCUCCACCGUUCCGCGUUUACCCGACCCGACUCAAAUCCAUACGGAAUCCGAUUCACUCUCUCAAGAGAAACUCGCCGAUCAAAUCUCCGCUGUACUCGACCGCCGUGAUGUUCCAUUACGUGAAACGCCACUCCAUCUCGCUGUUCGUCUUAACGACGUCUCCGCCGCAAAACUCCUUGCCUCUGCCGGUGCUGAUGUCUCACUUCAUAAUGCUGCUGGAUGGAAUCCUCUUCAGGAAGCUUUAUGUCGACGUGCAACGGAAAUUGCUACAAUUCUUGUUCGUCAUCAUCAUCGUUCAGCUUGGGCGAAGUGGCGCCGGAGAUUACCGCGUCUUGUUGCUGUUCUUCGUCGUAUGCGUGAUUUCUACAUGGAGAUCUCGUUUCAUUUUGAGAGCUCUGUUAUUCCGUUCGUCGGAAAAAUUGCUCCGUCGGAUACGUAUAAAAUCUGGAAACGCGAUGGUAAUCUACGCGCCGAUACUUCCUUAGCUGGAUUCGACGGUCUCAAGAUCCAACGAGCUGAUCAGAGUUUUCUCUUCCUCGGAGACGGCGACAUCACACACGCAGUCCCCUCCGGUUCCUUAUUAGUCCUCAACCGCGACGAUCGGAAAAUUUUCGAUGCUUUUGAAAACGCCGGUGCUCCGAUGAGUGAUGCAGACGUUGCUGGAUUCUGUUCGCAAACAAGUGUGUAUCGUCCGGGAAUGGACGUUACGAAGGCUGAACUUGUUGGAAGAACGAAUUGGAGAAAGCAAGAGAAAACUGAGAAUGUUGGUGAAUGGAAGGCUAAGGUGUAUGAAGUUCAAAACGUGCUUUUCAGUUUUAAGUCUCGGAAAGUCUCCACCGGAGAAUCAGGUGGUGAGCAAGUUAUACCAUUGGAAUUGGAUGAAGACGAAGACGGUUUUCUGGUAGCGGAGAAUCCAAGUUUUGGAAUGCCAAUGGAAAAUGACAAAAGAAGACACAGUAGUUUCGUUCGAGAAGAUAGAGAGUGGGUCCCAAUGGGAAGAAAAAGUGUGGACAUGCCACCUUCAGCUAUGAUGCAACCAGCUAGAAAAUCUUCUGCAACGGUUAGAUUGGCACAACCACUUCCUCCGCCGGCGAAGGAGAAAGAGUAUAUGAAAAGUUUACGGCCGUCGGUGUGGUUGACGGAGCAGUUUCCGUUGAAGACGGAGGAGUUAUUGCCGUUGCUUGAUAUUUUGGCGAAUAAGGUGAAAGCUGUGAGGAGGAUGAGAGAUUUGCUCACGACGAAGUUCCCGGCGGGGAGUUUUCCGGUUAAGGUAGCAAUCCCGGUGGUCCCUACAGUAAGGGUGGUGAUCACGUUCACAAAGUUCGUUGAGCUACAACCUGUUGAGAAAUUCUAUACACCAUUUUCAAGUCCAAGGCAUUUGAUAGCUACAGAUAAUGAUGAUGAACAACCAAAUCCAGAAAACCGUUACUCUUCUUUUACAUCUUCAUGGUUAAGAAGAAACAAUAGUCAAUCUGGAAGUUCAAGGAGUAAGCAGCAACAAAAAAGCUCUUCUGGGCCAUUGGAUUUGGAUCCAUUUGUUAUUCCUGAGGGAUAUAUUUGGAGUAAUAGUGGAGAUGAUAAGUCAAAGAAAUUGAACAAGUCCAAGUCUAUGAGAAAAUCCAAGUGAAGAUUGAAUCAAGACUAGACAUGAAUGAUGGUAGUUUAGUUGCAUUGCAUCCAUAGACCAUAAUGUAGAUAUAUCCCUGUUUAAUUUUUAUCUUAUUAUUAUUAUUAUUUGAAUUAACUGGGGGCUUUCUGGUAAUUGUGUUCAUAUACUUCACAGAGGGUGAUUCUGAUUUCUCAGAAAAUUGAAGAGUACUUAGAUCUGUACUUUGCUCACAGUUUUGUUUAUAGUAUUACAUUAUAUAGAAAUUUUGAUGGUUUAGCUUUUGAU